AUCCUCUUUGCUGCAACAACCCAGUUCUAUCACUCUAAAUAGCUUAGCUUCCGACAUCUUUAAUGCAAGAGAAAGUUAAGCACACAGAGACAUCAAAGCUUAAAGGUAAAAAUGGCGUUCGUGGUGAGAUUGGUCCCUGGGGAAUGGAAAAAAGAUGAAAACGGCUUUUUCGAACACGUCUCACAUAUGGAUGGGUUUGCACUAGGAGUACGCCUGCGAGAGCAAGAUGGGUUUGCGAAAGUGGUUAUGGCGGUAAAAGAAAAGUUAGCACUGCGUCCUGAAGACGAUAUCGAGUUAACGUACCAGUGGCCACAGUGGAUGAUGGGCCCUGAUUGGAAACGUGCAAACCCGAUCGACAUAUUAGACGAUGAGGACAUGACUCUGUUCAUGGCGAUAAGGGCCGAUCUAGAUGAAGUCCAUCUGCGGGUGAGGAUUAUACGAGGUGGGACUGAGCGAAACGUUAAUAGUUAUCGGAGUAACAUGGAUCUAAGCGGCCUAAGUUCAAAAGAAAUAUCCGAUAAAUACUGGAAUAACGCAGAAACCAGGGCUGUCUGGGGAUCCGCGCUAACACGAAUGUUACUGCGUAACAUUUCAGGUGACGCAGAAAGUAUGACAACCAUGGGGAAGGAGAACGAGGUGAACAUAAGUAAAGGCGGUGAGCAUCGCAACACGUAUGAAGGGGUAACCAUAAGAGACAACAUGGAAAUUACAGGCGGAACUAGCGGGAUGCCACAAAAAGUAACACACCCCGGAGCAAUUACAAGCUUAAAGGGAAAAGAGAAAGUUGUUGAAGACGAGGAGAGGGAGAGGGACCGUUUAUUUGAAAUGUGGCGAAAAAACCAACAGGAAGAAAUGUGGCGAGAGAUGUGUGCAACCCAAAUGACCCUAGGAGGAACUCAAACUAAUGCAACAAAAGUGAGCGACAAAGAGAAAACAGCGAGGGUCCUAGAUUUCGGAAGUAGCGACCAGUCAAAGCGAGAUCCAAAUGCGGAUUUGCGUCUAACUCUAGCGAGUUCAAAAGCACCAGCUGUUGGGCCGCCGGUGGUCGCUUUAUCGUCAAGCGAUUCAACCUUCGGAACGCCAACCUCGCUUUCGAGAAGCAUUUCUUUCAGUACCGAAGACCUAAUGGAGGAUAGUGAGUCGUCGAACAACAACAGCUUAUCGCUAUUAGGUGACGAAACACUGGCACACUUUUACUCUGAUGCUGAUGGCCCUCUGAUUAUGGAUCCUCAACCUAUCACAAUGAUAGAUAAAGGCAAAAGUAUCAUGAUAGAGGACGGAUUAUCAACUAAAGAAAUAGGGAUGCCAUCAACUAACACAAGAGUAUCCGAUGUACAGAGGAAUGAGAUGAUCGUGAAGGAUACACCCGUUCCAACGGUAUUCUAUGACAGCGAUGCACCCCCAUAUUUCGACGAUCCAGGGGAGGAAGAUGCUCUCCAACGAGCCCUAAAGGAUGCUGAUUACGAAGGAGAUGACAAUCACCCUGCAGGAAAAGGGGACUAAAUUAGAAAAGGAGCGAAAUUUGAGAUUUACCUACCAAAGAUACUAAAUUAUAUCAAAAAAA